UCUCGCUCUUUUUAUUUGUAUGUCAGACUCUGUGCAAACGUAUGUCGAAGAAGUCAGAGAGACAAUCUCGAGAGAAAAAAUCUGUAGAGAAAUGGGAGAGAUGACGGACGAUCCUUUGGAUUCUUUGAGAGCUUUGAUGGCUGCUUACUCCCCUCCUCUGCGAGCUCUCAUCGUACCUUCUGAAGACGCUCAUCAGAGUGAAUAUGUUGCUGCUUGGGAUAAACGGCGUGCGUUUAUCACUGGUUUUACUGGAAGUGCUGGUACAGCUGUUGUGACAACAGACGAUGCGAUGCUGUGGACAGAUGGGCGUUACUUUUUGCAGGCAACACAACAGUUGAGUGAUAGCUGGAAACUCAUGAGGAUCGGAGAAGACCUGGCAAUUGAGACAUGGUUAGCUGAUAAUUUGGAGAAAGAUGCUGCCGUUGGUAUCGAUCCGUGGUGUGUAUCUGUAGAAGCUGCACAGAGAUGGGAUAUGUCCUUUGCAAAGAAAGGACUAAAGCUUAUUCAGUUGUCUGAAAAUUUGGUGGAUAAAGUUUGGAAAAACCGUCCUUUACCUGAACUUCAACCUGUCUUCUUACAACCACUGGAAUUUGCUGGUCGCUCUGUUGCUGACAAAUUGAAAGCUCUAAGGGAGAAACUUGAUCAGGAGAAGGCUACAAGUAUCAUAGUAGCGGCACUUGAUGAGGUUGCUUGGCUUUACAAUAUUCGUGGGAAUGAUGUCUCAUACAAUCCUGUUGUCCAUGCAUUCGCUAUAGUAACAACGAGCUCUGCAUUCUUUUAUGUAGACAAGAGAAAAGUUACCCAGGAGGUACACAAUUUCAUGGUCGAAAUGGGAAUCGAAGUCCAGGAUUAUGGGACAGUUGUUUCUGAUGUAGUAUUGCUUGCAUCCAACAAACUGAUUGGCUCUUCUGUUAUUAAAGCUUCCCAAAAUGAACCUUCAGAAGAGAAAGGAAAUGGUUAUUCUCAUACUGAUGUGGUUGACAAUGAUGAGAAGGAACUAGAAGAAAAAAAGCAUCUUAUUUGGGUUGAUCCCAGUUCCUGUUGCUUUGCAUUGUAUUCUAAAUUGCCUCCUGAUCACGUUCUUCUGCAGCAGUCGCCCUUGGCCCUUGAGAAAGCCCUUAAGAAUCCUGUUGAAUUAGAUGGUUUGAGAAAUGCACAUGUACGGGAUGGUGCAGCUGUAGUGCAAUACCUUGCUUGGCUGGAUAAGAAGAUGCAGGAGGAAUACGGAGCUUCUGGCUACUUUUUGGAGCCUAAGGAAACAAACAAACGGAAGCAUUCGGACACCUGUAAACUGACGGAGAUAACUGCUAGUGAUAAACUAGAGAGUUUUCGGGCGAAGCAAAAGCAUUUCAAGGGAUUGAGCUUCCCAACUAUUUCAUCAGUUGGUUCAAAUGCUGCAAUCAUUCAUUAUGUUCCAGAGCCCAAAACGUGUGCUGAGAUGGAUCCAGAUAGUGUUUACCUUUUUGAUUCAGGAGCCCAGUAUCAAGAUGGUACAACUGAUAUAACAAGGACAGUGCAUUUUGGCAAGCCUUCAUCCCAGGAGAAAGCAUGCUAUACUUCUGUCCUCAAAGGCCACAUAGCAUUGGAUACUGCAAUAUUUCCCAAUGGCACUACAGGACAUGCACUUGAUAUUCUUGCACGUCUUCCUUUAUGGAAGGAUGGGCUUGAUUAUCGCCAUGGCACUGGGCAUGGGAUUGGAUCUUACUUAAAUGUUCAUGAAGGACCUCAUUUAAUCAGCUUUCGACCUCAUGCUAGGAAUGUGCCAUUGCAGGCUUCAAUGACUGUAACUGAUGAACCUGGCUAUUAUGAGGAUGGAAACUUUGGGAUCAGAUUAGAAAAUGUUCUCAUCGUAAAGGAAGCUGAUACCAAAUUUAAUUUUGGUGACAAGGGUUUUUUAUCGUUUGAGCACAUAACAUGGGUGCCCUACCAGAAGAAGCUAAUUGAUCUGACCAUGGUAACUCCCUCAGAGUUAGAAUGGAUGAAUGCUUACCAUUCAAGUUGCCGGCAAGUUUUGGCUCCUUAUUUAAGUGAAUCAGAAUUGGAGUGGCUCAAUAAAUCUACGGAGCCCAUCACCUGUAAUUAAUUGAACUUCUACAUAUACACACUGAACUUCAUUUCUAAAUUUCAGGUAAUUUGAUUGUUUUACAUGUUCUCAAACAGUGUGGUGACAGAUGCCGCAUUCUGUGAUAAAUGUGGUGUGUCCUCUCUCUCUCUCUUCUAAAGGAUUUAUGUUGAUAUUCAUUUAUUUAAGUCCAUAAUUAUGCUUUGCUAGGCUGAUCAGAAUUUGCUUAA